CAUUCGUAUUCACUGUUCUUAGUUAACAUGUCUCAGCUAAAAGAAUCCCUGUCUAGUUUCAGGUCCACACCACAAAUACACAAGGUAGAAAGAGCCAACCAACAAGUGUUUCAACAAGACUUGAACACAAUGAUCAUGUUCAUCCUCAUCCUGUGUACCUUGUCAAGAGAAGCCAUGGUCCAAACCACAGCCAAGAAGAUUUUUCCAGCAAAGAUCUAUUGGACUUCUACAGGAACGAUAAUGGAGGGAAGUGACCUUGUGGUAAAAUGUAGUACACAUGGGCGCAAGGAAGAAAAAGUGGCAUAUGUUUACUUGUGCAUUAACGGGGUUGCAGUGGAACAGAAGAGAACUAUACAAGAAGACACCUCUUUCACCAUGAAAAGUGUUACUGGCCAACAGAGUGGCAAUUACAGCUGUGUGUUCUCUAAAACCCAAUAUCCUCUCUCUGAAGUGCAGGGAAAAGGAGAUAAUUCACUUUCCUUCCAGGUGAUGGACCGUAUACUCCCUGCAGACAUAUCACUUGCAGGCUCAAGAACUGUGAGAAAGGGAGAUGGUGUGGAGUUUAAGUGUACAAUCUCAGACCCAAGUUUUCAAACAAAAAAUACCAGUGACUUAGUUCACGCUUACCUCUGCAAGUAUGGCUCUGUUGUUCAGAUCCAGGUGUUUGACGUAAAGAGCACGGAGGUAACGUUUACGAUUAAAAGUUUUAAUAAGAAUGACGCAGGUAACUACAGUUGUGUGAUUGAUCUGCAAUCAAAAACCCUCAAAGAUAAAGACAGAACAUUAUAUGGAAAUAAUGCAGUAUUUCUACAGGUUAAUGUGUCCUGGAGUCACUUAAUCACACUCGUGUUCUGCGUCUGUUUUCUUCUGGUCUUAUCACUGAUAGUGGGCAUAUGGUGGCUGUUCAUUAAACAAGGAGCCUUACAAUGUUAUUGUGGAAGAACACAACAACAGGAGGAGAACGAUGUGCCAGUGACAAGGGAGGGUGGCGACGGAACGUCAAACGUGGAGGAAGAAUCCAGUGAUGAAUUUGCCUGUGACAGUGAGACCAGUGGGGAGGAGUACCAGGAUCUGGGUGAAAAAUGUUUAGGUGUUGAGAUUGAGACAUACCAUGAGCUGGAGGAUUCCACCUACCAAGAAAUUCCGGUUGAAACACGGAAAAUUAAACACGUUAUAGUGCGUGUUCAAGAUGCAGCAAAUCAAGGCCCAGAUGCAGAAGAUAUGUAUGCCCAGUCACGCAAGAAGACCGGACGUCAUCAAUACAUGCCUUAAUCAUCAUUAGAUCUGCAUUAUUUCAAAGCAGUACUGCAUGUGUACUUCAUGGUUACAGUAUCUAUAAUGAUGUAUUUUAUGUAUUGUGUAUUCAAUGUGUGUCUUCCGUUGGACUACUCCCUUCAUGUUCAAGUUGACGAUGAUGCCAAAUUUUUUGGUGACCUGACAUUUGCGAUGCAUUCUAUUAAAAUAUCCGUGGAAGAUAUUUCAAAAAUGGAGUCAUUUUAAAGUACCACAUUAAGUAUUAUUGCUGGAUAUACUGUUGUAUUCUCCU